AUGUCGUUAAAAGAUCAAACUAAAGAACAAACUGAAGCUACUGCCGGUUUAGGUGAGUUGUCAAUCGACGACAUGGAAGUCGAUGUCACGUCACCUAUUGUCGUUACUGAUGACAGUGAUGGCGAAGACGAUGAUGGUAUUUCUGAUGGUUUUAAGUCCAUUAAGGCUGAAUCGAUUAACGGGAGCAAGAAUGUUCGUGCUGGUGUAUCCGUUAGUCAAGGGUUAGAUUGGGACUCUGUUCCCUUCUCUAACAGAAAGAGACUUGGUCCUCCUGGUCCACCACCUAGCUAUCCAAGCAAGGAUGAGUUAAAGGCUGCUGCUAGUGCUACACCUCAAGUGGACUUCACUAACUUUCAGUUAAGGUCCACAUGGAAGAAAGAGAUCAGGCAAAAUAUUUCCCUGACCUUUCAAAACUUUCAAUUCAAGAAAGAUAAUCUUGCGUGUCAAUCGGAAGCGGUUGAUAUUGGUGUUAAGAUCUAUGUUGGGAUUAAAGAUUAG